CUGCCGGCCCUGCUCCGCCUAGCGCGACCGUGGAGUUCUCGCCGCCGCUGCCCUGAGUCCUCCCAUAGCAGUCCUCGGGCCUGGGGCUCCGCGAGACAUGGCCUUGGCCACUGCGUCCGCAAGGACGGCCCUCGGCCGGGCCUCCUUGCUCCUUCUGCGGCGCGGCUACCAGACAGAGAGGGGUGUCUACGGCUGCCCGCCGAGGAAGACCGAGAGCCGGGUGCCCCGGGGUGGCCCGGCGAGCACUUCAGUUGAUCAUGGCCUUGCUAGGUUGGUGACAGCAUACUGUGAGCAUGGUCAUAAAGCUGCUCAAAUCAACCCCCUCCUUGUUGGACACACCCCACCGGACAGCAUGCCUGAGAUUCAGGCCCUUGUGCAGAGCCUGCAGGGACCCUUCCGCACCACAGGAUUAUUGAACAUGGGGCAGGAAGAGGCUUCUCUUGAAGAAGUAUUAGCCUAUCUCAGCCAAAUCUACUGUGGACCGAUUGCUAUUGAAACUGCCCAACUGCAGAGCCAGGAGGAAAAAGACUGGUUUGCCAAGCGGUUUGAGGAGCUGAAAAAGGAGACAUUUACCCCAGAAGAGCGAAAACAUCUAUCAAAGCUAAUGCUAGAAUCUCAGGAAUUUGACCACUUCUUAGCUACCAAGUUUGCCACAGUGAAGCGGUAUGGAGGUGAAGGGGCCGAAAGCAUGAUGGGCUUCUUCCACGAGCUGUUGAAAACAUCAGCAUACCAUGGGGUAACUGACAUCAUCAUUGGGAUGCCCCAUAGAGGGCGGCUGAAUUUGCUGACAGGCCUUCUUCACUUGCCUCCAGAGCUAAUGUUCCGGAAAAUGCGAGGCUUAAGCGAAUUUCCAGAACAUUUCUUGGCCACUGGAGAUGUCCUGUCUCACCUGACCUCCUCUGUGGACCUGGACUUUGGUACUCACAGUCCCCUCCAUGUGACAAUGCUGCCUAAUCCCUCCCACCUUGAAGCUGUUAACCCCGUGGCUGUUGGGAAAACCCGGGGCCGGCAGCAAUCUCGCCAAGAUGGGGACUACUCUGCAGAUGACUCUGCUAGACCCGGGGACAAAGUUAUUUGCCUGCAGGUUCAUGGUGAUGCUUCUUUCUGUGGUCAAGGGAUUGUUCUUGAAACAUUUACGCUCUCUAAUCUCCCACAUUUCAGAAUUGGUGGGAGCAUCCAUUUGAUUGUCAAUAACCAGCUGGGCUACACCACUCCAGCAGAAAGAGGAAGGUCUUCUUUGUACUGUAGUGAUAUUGGGAAGGUUGUGGGCUGUGCCAUCAUCCAUGUUAAUGGGGAUAGGCCAGAGGAAGUAGUCCAGGCCACACGGCUGGCUUUUGAAUAUCAGCGCCAGUUCCGCAAGGAUGUGAUCGUUGACUUGCUAUGCUACAGGCAGUGGGGCCACAAUGAGCUGGAUGAGCCUUUCUUCACAAACCCGGUCAUGUACAGAAUCAUCAGAGCCCGAAAGAGCAUCCCAGACACAUAUGCAGAACACCUCAUUGCCAGUGGACUCAUGACCCAAGAGGAAGUGUCUCAAAUAAAAGCCUCCUACUAUGCCAAGUUAAAUGACCAUUUGACCAACACAGCCCACUACAGACCCCCAGCCACCACCCUGCAGGCCCACUGGAAGGGCCUGGCCCAGCCAGCAGCACGUGUCACCACCUGGAACACAGGUGUGCCCCUUGACCUCCUGCGCUUCAUUGGCGCCAGGUCUGUGGAGGUACCUGGGGAGCUGCAGAUGCACAGCAACCUUCUCAAGAUGUAUGUUCAGUCCAGAAUGGAGAAAGUGAUGAGCGGGACAAAUUUAGACUGGGCCACGGCAGAAGCCCUUGCCUUGGGCUCUUUACUUGCUCAAGGUUUUAACGUCCGGCUGAGUGGCCAAGAUGUUGGCCGUGGGACUUUCAGUCAACGGCAUGCAAUGGUGGUUUGCCAAAAGACCGAUGAUGCCUACAUCCCUCUGAACCACAUGGACCCUAAUCAGAAGGGGUUUCUGGAGGUCAGCAACAGCCCCCUGUCGGAAGAGGCCGUUCUGGGAUUUGAAUACGGGAUGAGCAUCGAAAGCCCAAAGUUACUGCCCAUCUGGGAGGCUCAGUUUGGUGAUUUCUUCAACGGAGCCCAGAUCAUCUUCGACACAUUCAUCUCUGGAGGAGAGGCCAAGUGGCUCCUACAGAGUGGCAUUGUUGUCCUCCUUCCCCACGGCUAUGAUGGGGCUGGCCCAGACCACUCAUCCUGUCGAAUAGAGCGGUUCUUGCAGCUGUGUGACAGCAUAGAAGAAGGAGUGGAUGGCGACACUGUGAACAUGUUUGUGGUGCACCCAACAACUCCUGCACAGUAUUUCCACCUGCUUAGAAGACAGAUGGUGCGGGACUUCAGAAAACCCCUCAUUGUUGCUUCUCCCAAGAUACUACUCAGGUUCCCUGCAGCUGUGUCAACUCUUCAAGAAAUGGCCCCAGGAACAGCAUUUAGACCAGUCAUUGGUGACCCAUCUGUGGAUCCAAAAAAUGUCAAGACCCUUGUGUUCUGCUGUGGCAAACAUUUCUACGCCCUGCUGAAGCAAAGAGAAUCUUUGGGGCCCAAAAAGCAUGACUUUGCCAUCAUCCGCAUAGAAGAACUCUGCCCUUUCCCAUUGGAUUCAUUACAACAAGAGAUGAGCAAAUACAAACAUGUUAAAGAUUUUAUCUGGAGCCAGGAGGAGCCCCAGAACAUGGGUCCAUGGUUUUUCAUUUCUCCAAGAUUUGAAAAGCAACUGGCCUGCAAGCUCUGUCUUGUGAGCCGGCCGCCCUUGCCAGCACCCGCGGUAGGAAUUGGGACGGUGCACCAGCAGCAGCACGAAGAUACCCUCACCAAGACCUUCUCUUGAUGAAGUCCUUUGAAGAAAGACUGUUCCUGAUAAGUAAACAGCCAGAGACAAAGGCCUGCUUCCCCUGCCCUGUCCCCUUCCCCCUGGGUAAUGUGAAAACUCUGUCUUUCUUUAAGAUGUUGAGAUUGGUAUGAGAGGAAUACACAGGGAAGCUGGUUAUGAAUGCAUGAAUCAGACAAGUAAAUUUUAUCCUUAAAAGAAGAACAACAUUACCUUUUGUUUAGAUCUGAAUGAGCUGGGGAACUAGGUCAUUAGCCUGAUGAUUACAGGGUCCACUGGAAUGAAACACACAUGCCCAGGAAAAGUUCUUUAGCCAGAAUUUAGAGUCCUAUAUAGAUGAUGUCAUUACUACAGCUAUAUUUGUUUGAUGUGUAUACCUUUCAUUAAUUCUUCCCCUUUUUUUCAAAGUCUUGUGGCUACCAAUGUUUUCAUUUUAUGUCCUCUCUGGUGCCAUUUUCUAGCCACUGUAGUAAAUGUUCUACGAACCCUACCAAAGCUAGAUUACCCCUGAUGUGUAUAUUGAUCUUAAACUUAGGUGCUAUUGUGAUGGAAAUUUUUAAAAAUUCGAAUCAACUAGUAGUUUACACCAUUAUUAGGACAAAAUAACAUCAUGCAGCCCACCACACAGCUCGUCUGUUAGACUCAUUCAGCCUUGACUGACUACACCCAGCUACAAACUAGAGAUAACCUGACCCAGCUCAGUUUGACCACACACAGCUGCACAGCCUGUACUUUCUUGCCCCCCAAAAUACCACCGUUUGCUAACUUGUUUUAAAAACUUUUUGCUCAUCAGUGAAAAAUAACUGAUGCUACCCAAUAAAAAUUCACAGCGCCUUUAAGCCUUUGUACUUCCUGCUUACAAACUAAGCCCAAAGUCAGCUCUGCACUGAUGCGUGGGAAGCAAUGCCCCUUCAGCCUACUGAUGUAAUAAAGUUGGUUGCCUUCCAACUUCUUGAUGCAGAGCAUUUUCCAUGUGGUUCAGUACUGGUUCCGCAAUAUUAUUAAAUACAGUCUCAGAAUGUAUGAUCUUAUACCCCUACACUUUUAAAUUAAGGAGUUUUAGCUAAAUUGAUUUAUCAUCUAUUUGGCCAUAAUCUUUUUUUUUUUUUUUUUUCCAAAUUAUUCUUGCAA